UAUUUUAAAUUCAAGCUUUAUAUUUGAUCUUAAAAGAUCACCAAUUUUUCUUUUAAUAUUACAAAAUUCAAUAAUGAAUAUUCAUAAUCUUAUGGCCACAGAUUGUAAAAAGGAAAAUACAAUUAAUGAACCAACUAAUGAAGAAAAUAUGAUUAGUGAUGAUGAAAAAGAAAAUUUAAUUAAUGAAAUAGUUAGUUAA